GCAUUAUUAAGCAUUUCUCCAAAUAUACAACCAACGGACCACAUAUCAAUACCAGCAGUAUAAAAGCGUGCUCCAUACAAUAACUCUGGAGCUCUAUACCAUCUGGUUGCUACCUGAUGUGAAUAUGGUUUGUGAUAGAUAAUGAUUUGUUACCGUUGUCCCUGCAAGAAGAAGACGACCAAACGUGGUAUAACAGUGCAUGAUUACAUACAGAGAUGUAAAAGAAAUAUUUACAAAAAUUUAGCGCUAUUGAGUUUCAAUCAAUUGGCGAUGUAUUUGCUCUAUAAGGUGAUAUUGAUGUCACGUAUGUACGAAUAUGAUUAUCCUGGAUUGUAUGGAUAUUUGAUUUAUCAAAUAGCACAGGCUUGUACUAUUCCGAUUUUACCUGCAUUGAUCUUUCCCCGUUUUAAAUUGAAGCGAGCUUUAUUCUGUGGAUCAAUAUUUUAUAUGAUAUUCGUAUCUAUGCAACUCUUCAAUCAAAUAGAAAUCAAAAUAGCAUUUGCUUUACUUAUGGCGCCAGCUUUUGUAAUUGUACACAUUAUUCAACAGAUUUAUGUUAUUCGAUUGGCAAAAAUUAUGUGCAAAGUGACAGGGAGGAGCAUAGAAAUCACUUUGACACAAAUGACAGGAAUAUUUUUAUCCAUAUAUAGGAUUUCUGAGACUAUCUGUUACAUACCUAUGAUGCUCGCCGAUAAACGAACCUUAAAGUAUCAAAAUACUAGCAAAAUAAAUUGUGGCCUUAAUUUUUACUAUGGCCAGCAUGAAAAUGUUACCGAAUUGAGUAUUCCACCUCAAGGCGAAAUUUCUCAUAUAGCAAGUUUGGUAUUAAUUAUUUUGGCAUUGGUUACAUCAGUCAUUACGUUAAUAUUAUUAAAACCUUUGCAGACAUUAACAAUGACAGAAUUAAACGCGGAUCCAGAACCUAGAUCGUGGAUGUCGACAAUAAACUUAAUUAAAACACAGCAACUACGUUUAAUUAUACCAAUGACUUUAUUUUCUGGAUACGAAAAAGUUUUUCUUAGAUACGAUUAUUUAAUGGCUUAUAUAGGUUGUAACAAAAAUCGUUAUGAUGGAAUGGACCAAUAUAUUCUUGGGACUGUUUUAUACUGUCAGAUGUCAUUAUCAAUAGCACCCUUAGUAUCAACAGUUAAUACGGAAAUAAUUCUUUUAGUAGCUGGAAUACUUUAUUUAAUACCAACGUUGCUGUUGUUGGCAAACGUAAAAAUAGAAGCUAUCGGUUAUUAUUGUAUCUCUGGUAUUUGGAGUUUAGCUUCAUCUAUUUGGGAUUGUCUAAUUCAUGCACUAUAUGGUGUACUGUUUCCUAAAGAUGAACUGGAAGCAUAUGCUCAAAUGGGAUUAUGGCAGUCCAUUAGCAUCGCAAUGAGCGUCUUAUUAACUUUAUUUUCUGGCACUUUCGUUAAAUUGUGGAUUUUAUUAAUUCUUUCAUUACUUUCAAUAAUCACGGUUAUUUUAUUGCCAUUUAUCAAAUCCGGUUUACACAACAAAAUCAAUGCGGCUGAAGAGGACAUAACUUUAAUGCAUAGAGCAAAUCUUAGGUCAGAUUGGAAUAAUGAGCCUGGACAAAAAAUACAGACAGUAUCAUUCAAAAAAUCAUCCGAGGGUAAAAUUGAAUAUUCGACUGAAAUUAAAUCAUUUUCUACUAUGAGAUAUCAUCAUAUUCAUAUACUGAAAGAGCGUGAAGAUUUUACUAAAGAUUUGACCGAACAAGAAAGCAAAACUGUCGAGAGAUUUGAAUCAUCUAUAAGUCAAACAUUCUGAAAAAUAUAAUUUGUAAGUUAUAAUUUAAAAUGAUUGAACGCAUGCACAAAAGUGAAUCUAUAUAUCGUAUCUUACGUUAGAAUUUAAAAAACAUGUACAUAUGUAAAUAUAAAUUUGCUUAAUAUUCA